AUGGCUAACAACGCCUGUAACGACGACAUAAACGUACAGGUGAUCGAUCUGAGAGCUGCUGAUGACAGUCACAUUGUUGGAAGUGGAAAAAAGAUCCUUGGCGACAAUCCAGGAAUUCUUCUGGAGAUCGAAACCGACGGGAUGUCCGAAGACAUCCUCUGUAACAUCUUUGUGCUAUCCGAUGGACUCAUAAACAUCAGCGAAAAGACCUUCAGGGUAUUAGUUAUUAAAUAAAGGAUGGAACCGCUGAAAACACCAUUCAACAUGAUCAUUCUCGGAAUGACCGGAUGUGGGAAAACCUACUACCUACUGGAAAUGUUGGAAAACGACUAUAAAAACCACUUCGAGUACAUAUUUCUAAUAUGUCCCACAUACGAAUGGAACAAAACGUACCAGAGCUGGAAAUACAAUAUGGAUAAGGACUUUAUAGCCAUGCCCUGCAAGCAGGAUCAUGUAAACCAGUGUUUAGAAUACGUUUCGCAUUUUGCAAGAGGAACAAAUAGUCUUAUCGUUCUUGAUGACUGUGCUAGUAGCCAAUCCGUCAAAAACAGGACCAGCGAAUUGGUAAAACUUGGGUUUAGCGCAAGGCAUAUGGGAAUAUCAACCAUUGUCAUUACCCAACAGCUUACAUCCAUUGCAAAACCCUAUACGGAAAAUAUAUCCAAACUCGUAACCUUUUACAACCCGAGCGCAAAGGAUACGGACAUCAUAUUGAACGACUACCUUGCAAACACGGAAAAAGAAGAAAGGAAGGAAAUCAUUAAUACGCUAAAAAACGACUACGCCAGACUGGAAAUACUAUUACGCCGACCCUAUACCCACGAAACAAUUAUUCCGCAUAUUAAAUAAAGGAAUGGAAACCAUAUUCGAAUCUGUAGAGCCUGACACACCUGUCGCAAGUGAUCUGAAGGAAAAGCUACUAAAGCUGGCCGAUGCAGGUACACCUCAAAAUAUAUCAAAAAAGCAUCCGAAAAAACGUUGGAAAAUAUAUGCAAAGACUACGAAUAACAACGUCUGGAAAACACAAACAGCCAACUAGCCGAUGUUAUCAUCACCAAGUUCUCCGAACUCAUGGAGGCGUUGGACGCUGUUAAGGAUGCCAAAGAAAUGAAAAAAGAGCUGGAGGAAAACGAUCUGCUUAGAAAAGACAUAAAAAACCUCGUCAGUUACGUAACACCGUACAUCCCACUCAUUGGAAUACUAAGUGGUGGAAUCACCGUCGGAAAACACGUGAUCAGUACAAAAGCAAGCUGUUCGGAAAAGGAAGAAUAA